AUGAUUGAAUCACUUAGUAGAAGAAGAAUCUUCACUGAAAAUUCCGAAUAUGAUACAAGUUACAUCCUUGUAUUUACCAUUGCAUCCUCUAUGAUCUGGAUCAUGGUGCCCGGUUUGGCGUUUCUUUACUCGGGUCUUGCAAGAAGAAAGCAUGCCUUAUCUAUGGUUUGGAUCGUUUUCGUGAGUUCCUUUAUCGGAUGCUUCCAAUGGUACUUUUGGGGUUACUCUAUAGCGUUCUCCAACACACUGUCCAACAACUUUAUUGGAAACUUGCACUUUUUCGGGUUCAAGAACUUAUUAGGUAAAUUGACAGACGAGCUGACUUAUCCUCAGAUUUCAUUUGCGCUUUUCCAACUUCAAUUCAUGUUGGUUACGUUGGCAAUUUUGGCUGGUGGUUGUGUUGCAGAAAGAGGUAGAUUCUUGCCAUGUAUGGUAUUUUUAUUCAUUUGGGCCACCAUUGUGUAUUGUCCAGUAGUCUUUUGGAUCUGGGGUGGUGGUUGGGCCGCCCAAUAUGGUGUUUUGGAUUAUGCUGGUGGAGGUCCUGUGGAAAUCUUGUCAGGUAUUUCUGCUUUCGUCUACAGUGCCUUCCUUGGAAGAAGAAAUGAAACAUUGAUGAUCAACUACAGACCACACAACAUCUCCACCAUUUUCUUAGGUACUUCGCUACUUUACGUUGGGUGGUUAUUUUUCAAUGGUUUCUCAUGUGGUAACGCUUCUUUGAAGGUGCCGUACUCGAUGAUGAACACUCACUUGUGUGGUGCAUUUGGAGGAAUCACAUGGUGUUUAUUAGAUUUCAGAUUGGAAAAGAAAUGGUCUAUGGUUGCACUUUGUUCUGGAUGUAUUUCAGGAUUGGUUGCUGCUACCCCUUCAUCAGGAAUGAUCCCAUUGUGGGCUUCUGUAAUUUUGGGAAUCGUAGCCGGUGCCAUUUGUAAUUUCUCCACUCAAAUCAAGUACUUGUGUAGAGUUGACGACUCUCUAGAUGUUUGGGCGGAGCACGGAAUGGCAGGUGUUAUUGGCUUAUUGUUCAAUGCUUUACUUGGCCUGAGAACCGUCAUUGGAUACGAUGGUGUCACUGAUCACGACGGUGGAUGGUUAGACCAUAAUUGGAAGCAGUUGUACAUUCAGGUUGCGUACAUUUUAGCAUGUAUGGCUUAUGCUGGUGGUGUAACUGCAGUUAUUUGCUUUGUUAUCGACAAGAUUCCUGGAUUACACUUGAGAAUUGACUACAAUGGUGAAGAAGCUGGUGUAGAUGAAGAUCAGAUUGGUGAGUUCGCAUACGAUUAUGUCGAAGUUAGAAGAGAUUUCUUAGACUGGGGUAAUCCAGACGUGAACCCAAACUUGAAUCCUGACCUUCAACAAGAAGAUGUCGAGAAAGAUUCAUCUAGUGGGAACCCAGAACCGGAAAUCAUUCAAGGAAAGGGUGUGGACGGAGCAAUCCAGUCAUCUGCUGGGUCUCAAAUGAUCGAGAAGACUGACUAA